AUGGCAUCCUCAACAACAGCUGAAAUUUUCACCUUAUCCGACGGUCGAAACAUAUCUUACGCUAUUUACGGAGACCAAGACUCCUCUAGGACAAUAUUUUACCAGCAUGGAUAUCCGUCAAGCCACGAAGAGGCCAUCUUUUGCCACGAGCCUGCGCAGCGGCUGGGGAUUCGCUUAAUAAGCGUGGAUCGACCUGGGAUGGCUUCUUCUACAUAUCAACCUAAUCGCCGGCUCCUCGAUUGGCCGGCCGAUCUCCUUGCGCUCGCAGAUCAUCUAAAGGUCGAUCGGUUCGCCGUCUUCGGCGUUUCCGGAGGAGGUCCUUACGCGCUGGCGUGCUGGCACCAGAUACCAAGGUCACGAUGCGUCGGUUUAGGCAUCAUGAGCGGCUUGUAUCCGACAAAGCUGGGUCUUUCGGGAAUGCUUCUCAUGAACCGGGCGAUAUUCUGGGCUGCCCAAUGGUCACCGUGGCUACUGGGGCAUCUCUUGGACUUUGGAAUAGGGCCGACCACGAGGAGCGCGGAGGAGCUGGAGAAGAGGCUAGGUGAUGGCAUGAAAUCCCGGCCUAAGCCAGAUCGUGACGCUUGGGACAAUAGUUCUCGCAGUGUUCGCCAGGGCCUAGCUCGCGGUUUGAAAGGAGCAUUUGAGAACGGUCCAGAAGGAGCUGGGUGGGAGGGCCACAUAUACAGCUCAGAUUGGGGUUUCUGCCUUGAUGAGGUCAAGGUAGAGCCCGGGAGGGUUGUGCUAUGGCAUGGUGACGAAGAUGCGAAUUGUCCCGUUGCUAUGACCGAAAAGGCAGCGAAGUUACUUGGUAAUGUGGAACUACGAAUUUCCAGGGGUCAGGCUCACAUGCUGUUCGUAAGCAAGCUAGAUGAGGCCCUCGAAACGCUGGGUAAGAUGAUUGAUACGGCUUAA